GUAUGGAGACACUGUCGACUGGAACCCAGGCUGGGGAAAAGUCUAACCGCUUGAGCGAUCAAGUCACACACCGAUGACCUCCUCACCGACAGACUAGUGAAUGCCAACAACUUUAGAGAAGAGAAAGGCGCAGAAAGACGUACUAUGUGACUUUAGUAUGCCGUACCAACAUCUCUUCUCAGUAGUUACUUCCUGCCAAGAUCUCUAUCUUCACGGUCACGUCUCGUUUUGCAUUGCUUACCUUCGCUACUCUCCAAACGCCGGAAUUCGAUUUUCGAUUCAGAAGCCAGCGUCGGUGGUCUUCCCUUCUCCAGGCUCGACAUCCAUACUACAGAGGAGCGGGUAUUAUGCUAGACGUCCGAGCUUACAUGGCAUUAUUGGCAGCUGACCAUUCUAUCUGUCGUACUCGUCGUUCUCUCUCGAAUCGCUGCUCACGUUGUCGUUUUCGUUAAAAUUCGUAUACGUAACUUUUCGACAG